AUGGAUAUCGAAUUACCCUCUGACUUUGAGGGUAAAAGAGCUUCAUGUUUACAUUUUGACGAAAAUAGCCCAGGAAAAAUACUCAAUGAAAAGAUACAGUAUAUAACUCAAAAUAUAAAUGUGAAAAAUCAAAUCAUUGAAUUAGAAAAACUUAUUCAAUGGUAUGGCCUUGAAAUACAACAAUUAACAGAAAUUAUAGAAAUUAUUUUAAGUGGAAAAUAUGAUGACGAGGAUACUAGAAAAUUUAUUAAAUUCCUCAUUCCACGCACAAAAGUGCCUAUUAAAUUGAUAAUAAAGAUUUUCGGAAGUCUCGGAGAUAGAAAUAUAAAGCUUAAAAUUCAGGUUCUUUUACUUCGUUGGAUUAUUUUGGUUUAUAAUAUUUUAGAAGACCAUUCAGAAUUGUAUAAAUUUUAUGGUGUUUUAUUUCAUUAUAUGGAUUAUGACACGUUAAGACCCUCACUUUGCCAUCUUUUAUGGCUUAUGACUCAACGAGAACACGUAAAGCCAUUUCGAAUACGCAAAAUAAUAGAAUUACAAACACGAGUAGGACCCGAGCCUCAUCUUCUAGGACUAUUAAAUCUUUAUCAAAAUUAUUCUCCCGCUUUGAUUACAACUCGUGUUUCUACUACCAAAAGUAUUGUAUUUAAGUGCCCAGAUAUAGAAUGGUUUCUUCUAUUAAAUCAAGUUUAUAUUAGGUGGAAUAAUGAUGGAUCUUUACUGAAUCCAAAUGUAACGAAUAAACGGAGAAAAUUAGAGAUUUCAUCGUCAAAUACAAUUAGUGUAUUCAAUACUUUUCAAAACACAAUUGACAUAAAUGAGAUAUCAGAUGUUAAGCAUCUCGCAUCCAUUAUCGAUAAAAUAGAAUUUCCAAACCAUUUAGUUUCUAUUUUAAUGGAAGAUCGAAUAUUACAGCAUAUUUUAGUAUAUGAUCCCAAAGAAAUUAUUAUUUUAAGAUCAAAUUAUUGGAUUCAUUUAUGUCUUAUGGAAUCUGUAUAUUUGAAUGAUUGUGAGACGCGACUUGAUGAUUUGUUGUUUAAGUUAGUGACAAUGACUGAAUUCUUAAAGGAACUUUUUCCCGUAGUUCAAGAAUUUAUGAUUAAAUAUAUCCCUUCAUGGAAUGGAAUAGCGCAUCAGAAACAAAUGUUUAAGCUUUUGGCUUAUAUCAGGCCUGGAUCUUUUAACCCCACUUGGAAGGCCAAAUUAAUACAUUGUUAUAAAGAUUUAUUAAUAUAUUGGAUUUCACUUUAUGUAAAAAGUCAAAAGUCAGAACAAGAGUAUCUUGGUGAAAGUUCAAUAUUUAAAGAUGGUAUUAAUAUAACGGAUAUUCAAGAUUUUGCUGACUAUAUUAUCCAAAAUGUUCUUAAUGUUGAAAAUGAUAGUAUAGAAAUACAACAUGCAGUACUUUCUUUUAUUGAAAACUUUGCAGUUUUACAAGUUGAAUAUUGUUGUUGGGAUAGAAUAAUAAUUCCUUCGUCUUCACUUAUAUAUCGAUCAUUCUUUUCAUCCUCGGGAAUGGCUUUAUCAAGAACUUGUGGUUUCAUUCGAGAUUAUAUUAAAUAUUUCAAUUCGUUUGCUAUUGAUAUAUGUAAUUGUUUGUGGAAAAAUCGUCCUUUUAAUAAGACAGAUAAGGACGCGAGAGGAUUUCAUAUAGAAGAGUGA